GCACAGAGAUGGCUAGGGAGCCGUAGCAGACUGCGGGCCUGCUCGGCUGUGGAUUUUACCGACAACCGGAACGCCAGAGCACAGCUGGGACACAGACUAUAGGAAAGUAGCGGAACAGCGAACAAGAGGAACCAUGGGACACGGAGUGGGCUGAACCAGAGGCUCUAGCAACACACACCAGUUGUUUCCCACUGUGGUGUAUGACAUGGCCACGGCCUCGUCUAGAGCGGAGACUAGCCAUAACCACAGAGGAACGUCACAGCUCCAUGCCAUUGUUUCCUGUGCCAAACUCAAGAGGAAGAAGAGUUCCCUUUUUGGGACUGCCAUUUAUGUGGAGGUGACAGCUGAGGGGGAGUCGCGGCACACCAGGAAGUCUCAUAGCUCUUCUAAUCCUAAAUGGGAUGAGAGGCUCACGCUGAAUGUAACACCACACACACAGGUGGAUUUCAAAGUAUGGAGCCACCACACCCUGAAAGCAGAUGCUCUGCUGGGCAAAGCCACGCUGGACCUCACUCGAGCCUUGGAGCAGCAUGACAGAAAAUUAGAGAAUGUGAAGGAAGUGCUGAAGCUGAGUGUGGAGCAGAAGGGGGUCACAGUGCCCAUGGGGGAGCUGACUGUGUACCUAGAUGGACUGACUGUCACUGACCAGGAGGAUCUGGCACCACUUACCAAUGGCAAUGCACCAAAUGGCUCCAGUGAGCUCAGUAUUUAUGUUUGGGAAGUCCAACAGAAUGGUGAUGCCAUCCAUGAAAACGGAGACUCAUCUUCCUCUUCCUCAAGGGCUGCCAACAGCACAGUGAAUGGUACAGACUUGGGCCAGAGGUCAGGUUCCUGUUCGGCCUCCAGUGGUGCAGACGUUCAGGUGCCUUCCAGCUCCUGCAGCCCUGCUCUUGUUCAUGCUGUCAACGGAGACUCCACAACCAACUCCACCCCUGUCCACCAACCCUCAGACAGCGAUACAGAGAGUAGGAUGGUUAAUGGGGAGUCCUGUGAUGCUGCUGCAGGGCAGUCGUCUACUACAAGAAGUGAUGUGCUGCCCUCUGGAAGUGACCAUGAGGACUGCAUUCAGGAUGCUGCCCUGCCAGACUCUGACACAGCACCAAAUAGCACAUCUCAACCCCUACCAACGUCCACAUCAUCUUCAGCCUCUUCUGUUGCUGCUAAACCUGCUGAUGGGGCUUCUGCCACUGCUGCUGCCCCCUCUUCUUCCUCCACGUUCACCUCUUCAAACCAAGGGGCCACCACCAUCACAACGUCCUCCUCAUCAUCCUCCCCAGCACUGGGAGAAGCAAAUGCUUCAGGAAGUGGAAGUGGUAGCUGUAGUAGCAGUGCAACUGUAACUACAGAUGGGGCCAAGCCCAGGCAGCAGGCCCCCAAUGCUGGAGCCUCAGAUCCUCUACCACCGGGGUGGGAGCAGAGAAAAGACCCACAUGGGAGAACGUACUAUGUAGACCACAACACCAGGACUACUACCUGGGAAAGACCACAGCCACUACCACCAGGUUGGGAACGUCGAGUGGAUGAUAGGGGGAGGAUCUAUUAUGUGGACCACAACACCCGCACCACCACAUGGCAGCGUCCCACUAUGGAAUCGGUGCGCAAUUUUGAGCAGUGGCAGAGCCAGCGCAGCCAGCUGCAGGGAGCUAUGCACCAGUUUAACCAGAGAUACCUCUACUCUGCAUCCAUGAUGUCUGCUGAAAAUGAUCCUCUUGGCCCAUUGCCUCCUGGUUGGGAGAGGCGCGUUGACUCCAACGAUAGAGUGUACUUUGUCAACCAUAAUACAAAGACAACACAGUGGGAAGACCCUCGAACCCAAGGGCUACAGAAUGAGGAUCCUCUGCCUGAAGGUUGGGAGAUCCGGUACACAAGGGAAGGGGUUCGCUAUUUUGUGGAUCACAACACCCGAACCACUACUUUCAGCGACCCACGUACCGGGAAGUCUUCUGUCACCAAAGGCCCUCAGAUUGCAUACGAGCGCAGCUUCCGAUGGAAGCUUGCUCAUUUCCGCUACUUGUGCCAGUCUAAUGCUCUCCCAAGCCAUGUGAAGAUCACUGUCUCCAGGCAGACGCUGUUUGAAGACUCCUUUCAGCAAAUUAUGGCCCUGAAGCCUUACGACUUGAGGAGGCGACUGUAUGUCAUCUUCAGAGGCGAGGAGGGUCUAGAUUAUGGUGGCCUAGCCCGAGAGUGGUUCUUCUUGUUGUCCCAUGAAGUGCUGAACCCCAUGUACUGUCUGUUUGAAUACGCGGGCAAAAGCAACUAUUGUCUUCAGAUCAAUCCAGCCUCAGCCAUCAACCCCGACCACCUCUCCUACUUCUGCUUCAUAGGCCGCUUUAUUGCAAUGGCACUUUUCCAUGGCAAGUUCAUUGACACGGGCUUCUCUCUGCCUUUCUACAAACGCAUGCUGAACAAGAAGCUGAUACUCAAAGACCUUGAGUCCAUUGACCCGGAGUUCUACAACUCACUCAUAUGGAUCAGGGACAACAACAUCGAGGAAUGCGGUCUGGAGAUGUAUUUCUCUGUAGACAUGGAGAUCUUAGGGAAGAUCACGUCUCAUGACCUCAAACCCAAUGGUGCCAACAUCCAGGUCACUGAAGAGAACAAGGAGGAGUACAUCAGUCUGAUGGCAGAGUGGAGGUUCUCUCGUGGGGUGGAAGGUCAAACCAAAGCGUUCCUCGAUGGCUUCAAUGAGGUGGUUCCACUUCAGUGGCUUCAGUACUUUGAUGAAAAGGAGCUGGAGGUGAUGCUGUGUGGCAUGCAGGAAGUAGACCUGCAGGACUGGCAGAGAAACACGGUGUAUCGUCACUACACCAGAAACAGCAAACAGAUCAUCUGGUUCUGGCAGCUGGUGAAAGAGGUAGACAAUGAGGUGCGACUACGGCUCAUGCAGUUUGUCACUGGAACCUGCAGGCUUCCUCUGGGCGGCUUUGCUGAACUCAUGGGAAGUAAUGGACCGCAGAAGUUCUGCAUUGAGAAAGUGGGGAAAGAUACAUGGCUCCCCCGGAGCCACACGUGUUUUAACCGUCUGGACUUGCCUCCUUACAAGAGUUACGAGCAGCUGAAAGAGAAGCUGCUCUUUGCCAUCGAGGAAACAGAAGGAUUUGGCCAAGAAUAGAGGGAGGGGUCCUCUUCUAUUUCCGUUCCUCCCCCAUCGCUGUUUGUUCAGCCAAGAAAAACAAACUUCAAAAAAAUUGCACAAGAUAACCACCACUGUAUAUAAGCUAUUUUGACAUUUUAAACCAAAUCCUAAUUUGCUGCAUCAUUUUUGCCGCAACCCUCUCCCCCCAGUCCCUAUAUAUCUAAAUAUAUAUCUAUAUAAUACACCAUCAUGAAAUAUGCAAGCAUUUCAGCAUUUUGCUCCUCUAUUCAAAAACAGAAAUCAUUGAUAUUUUUUUAAUUUCCUUCCCACUGCUGGCUUUUAAAAAGAGACUGAAAUUGUUUUUGAGAGGAUUUUAUAGAAAAAGCACUGUCUUCUUUUAAAGCUCUAGUUCUAUAGAGCUUUAAAAGGCUAGGGUAGAGCAUCGGGGUCUGGUGCCUGAAAUUCUUGUUCCUGUUGGACCCAUAGUAAUUUUGCA